ACAUAGACCAAAAGCCUAGAGGCGAAAAGUUUUGAGUUUGUGUCGAUUCUGACGAAUUCAUCGGAUUUCUACAGAUUGGGUACGGUGAUUUCAAAUUCGGAGCUGCAAUGUCUGAUUACGAUAGCCGCUCAGGCGGUGAAAGUGAACGCGAAGGCCUAGAAGAUACUUCUAGGCGAAACAAAAGAGAUGCUGAUGUUGAUGCUUCCGGUGUUCGAGACUCGCAUCACAAGAACAAGUAUUAUGGAUCAGAUCAUCGGCAGUCAAGGACCAGAGAACUGGACCGGCAUCAUGAGAACCGCGAUGGUAGAAGUGUGAAGGAAUACAGAGUUAGGCGCAAUUUUGAUGAUUAUGAGAACCGACGCGAUAAUUACAGACGUCGUGAUUUUGUUCGAGGGAGAGGAAGAAGGCAAAGACAUAGAUCACGUUCUCUUUCAAGGGAUAGAUCUGAAAACCGGCACAGAUCACGUUCUACAUCACCUUCUAAUGGGAAAAGCAAGCGUCGGAGUGGUUUUGAUGUGGCACCAUCUGGUGCGUCUAUGCUGCCUGUUGCGUCUGUUCAAGAACAAUUUCCAAUUGCUUCUCAAACUGUUCCAGAAAUGGUACAAAACAUGUUACAGUUUGGAACAUCGCAGCUUGGAGCCCUACCCUUGAUGCCAGCCCAGGCCAUGACUCAGCAGGCUACAAGGCAUGCAAGGCGAGUAUAUGUCGGUGGCCUUCCUCCUCUAGCUAAUGAGCAGACAAUUGCUAUAUUCUUUAGCCGUGUAAUGGCUGCAAUAGGAGGAAAUUCUGCUGGUCCAGGUGAUGCGGUAGUUAAUGUGUAUAUUAACAAUGAGAAGAAAUUUGCAUUCGUGGAGAUGAGAACCGUGGAAGAAGCAAGUAAUGCAAUGGCAUUGGAUGGUAUUGUUUUUGAGGGGGUUGCUGUGAGGGUGCGAAGGCCUUCAGACUACAAUCCGGCAUUAGCUACAGGACUUGGUCCUAGUCAACCAAGCCCGCAUUUGAACUUAGCGGCUAUUGGACUUACACCAGGUCUGAUUGGUGGAACAGAGGGGCCUGAUCGUAUUUUUGUCGGUGGAGUACCGUACUACUUUACUGAAUCCCAGAUAAGAGAAUUGCUUGAGUCCUUCGGUCCACUUCGUGGAUUUGACCUUGUUAAGGAUAGAGAUACGGGGAACUCUAAAGGCUAUGGUUUCUGUGUCUAUCAGGAUCCAGCUAUGACAGAGAUUGCUUGUGCUUCCCUCAAUGGCUUGAAAAUGGGCGACAAAACUCUAACUGUUCGGCGUGCUACUGACAGCAGCGGGCAGGGUAAACAACAACAGGAAAAUAAAUUUGCUGAAGUUCAGCAGCAUUUUGCCGAGCAGUUAUGGUUGCAGAAAAUGGCUUUACAAGUUGGUGGCAUGGGGCUUCCUGGAGUAGGAACAUUAGGAGUAGCAUAUGCGGAAAUUCCAACUAAAGUUUUAUGUUUAUCUGAGGCAGUUACUGAGGAUUUACUGAAGGAUGAUGAAGAGUACGAAGAAAUAUUACAAGACAUGCAGGAAGAAUGCAGCAAAUUUGGAAAUUUGGCGGGUGUUGUUAUUCCUCGACCGAAUUCUGAUGGACAACAAUUGCCAGGGGUUGGAAAGGUGUUUUUGGAAUAUGCUGAUAUUGCUGGUUGUGCUAAUGCAAGAAAUGCACUUGGUGGGAGGAAAUUUGGAGGAAGUAUCGUGACUGCUGCUUAUUUUUCAGAAGAUAAAUACUACAGCCAGGACUAUAGUGCUUAAAAAAAGUUAACCGGGUCUUUUUUAUUGGUCUGGUUUAUUAUAUGGUAUGACAAGUUCCAAGUGUACAUUAUGCACUGUGAAGUGUUCAUUGGCAAGUGCCAUGUACUGUUGUUAAGGUUUUAUAUUCUGACUACAAUGGGAGCAGUUUUUUGUGCCUUUUCUUUUUACCUUUUUUUUUAUCCAUGGACUUGACUGAGCUUUAUAACCAGCUUAAAUUUCAGCGUACAGCGGUCUGAGAAUUGCAGAAUAGCAUUUUAAACAUUAUAAUUUUAUAUAAUUUAUUUUUCUUGA